AUGCCAAAUAUUUAUAUUUAUGAAGUAGAAUGUUUAGUACCAAGUGAAGUAGUUGGUAAAUGGGAUGAAUGGAUUCCAAAACAUAUUCAACAAAUACUUAAUCUUGAACAAGGACUCUUUAUAAAGGCUACUUUUAACAAGGUCACUCAAAACAUUGAAGGUUUGCCAGCUGAUCAUAGUCAAUAUGUCAUCCAAUACCAUACCGACAGUCAAGAGAAAAUCGAUCGUUACAUCAAAGAACAUGCACCAAAACUAAAACAAGGAACCACCGACGUCUUUGGUGACAAGUUAAAGACUAAACGUAAAAUCUACAAGGUUGAUCAAGAAUUCUUCCCUCAAAGUGGUCAAUUUGGUUAUGUAUUCUAA